AUGGAGUCGCUACCAGAAUUAACGAAGUUCCCCACCCGCCACCCUGCAAGCUGCGCUUCGCUAUCGCUUCCGCUGGUGGACCUCCUCGACGCGGUCCUGCCGCCGCCGCCGCGAGUGACGCUCAGCAUCGGGUCCGGGCCGGGGCUUCUGGAGGCGCUGCUCCUCUUCCACCACCCGCACCGCGCCAGCGCAAACCCCGUAUCCUUGUACGGCGUGGAGGUGGACACGCCCGGCUGCGCGGCCCCGGUCAACCGCUUCCUGCCGGAACCGAACGUUGCAGUUGUCCCGGGCACGUGGGCGGUGGCGAGGGAGGCUGCUGCUGAAGCUGCUGAGGGCCUGCUGUUCGUGUAUCCGCGCCAGCCGGCCCUCAUGAGAACGUAUCUACUGCGCCGCGCAAACGUGCACGUCGCAGUUUGGAUCGGGCCCAAGUGUGAUUUGGACGAGUUCACGGCGCCGCUGAGGGAGUGGGGAAUAGAGGACGUGAAUUUUGGGGGCAGGUUCCCUGUGUUGGUUGAGGAGGGAGAGGCUGCCGUUGUCUUUCGGCGGAGGGGUCUUUCAGCGGCGGCCAGCUAA